UCCAGAUUUCCGGAAGCAGCCACAGUUCAGUUCGUUAAGUACUCGUACUAUUACUUUGUGUAGUCCAAGUUCGACCCCACCCGCCGAAGUUGAGAGAGAACCCUAAUCCCCAAACCCUCUCCGCCGCCGACGACCAAUUGAUCGACCUCCAUGGGUGUUUACGCCGCCUCCUUCCAACCUCCCGCCCUACCGGCCACCGAUGCCGCCCGCCCCGCCUGGAUCCUCCUCGACACGUUGGGCUACAUCUCCGAUUAUUGCCCCCACAACACGACCAAAGCAGAAGCCUACACUAGCACAGGAAAGCAAAUCACGGUCUCCUUUUUUGUCGCCGAGCCGCCGGCUGUGUCCUACUUCACCGUCCACUGCCCGGACCUGAAGAAGGAGGACUUCGUCACGGAGCCCCGCGUCGUCCACUCGGAGAAGAACCUCGCUCUCCUCAGCCUCUCCCUCAGGCGCGGCAUCGAGACCAGAACCGACUACUUCAUCUACAGGGCCAGGCCGGGCCACCUGCCGUCGCUCGAUCUGCUCCCGGCCGGCACAGAUUGCCGUCUAUCGAAGAUAACGGCCUUAGCUUCAGUCGCCUGCGUGCCCUCCAGCGACGGCGAGCACUUCGUCGUGGUUGCUCUCGGCCUAACAUUCCAACCUGGGAGAUACGAGUUCAACCUCUUCCGGUCCGAAUCAGGAACCUGGAACUACAAGCUGCUAGUCUGGGGAACAUCCGUCCUCGGCCCCAAGCCGGUUACCAUCGAUCCUGCCAAGGUGAUCAUGCUCGGCGGCGGAGCGAUUGCCUGGGUCGAUCUUUGGAACGGCAUCCUCGUAUGCGACGACAUCUUCAGCAACGAGGACCCUGCAGAUUUCCGUGUUAUCCCUCUGCCUAAACUCCUCCCAGCUAAUCACGCUUACAAACAGAUCUCCUACCCGCAGCAGUUUCGGGAUGUCGUCUGCGCGGAUGGCCUGAUCAGGUUUGUCGAGAUGGAGUAUUGCAGAAGACGCAUAAUCUAUGAGAUACCAGAUGUCUCGAAAUCAGAGGUUCUCUACGACUCGGAAUUACCGUUGGGCCAGACCGUUGACGAUGAAGAUGACAUCUACGAGUACCUUGGCUGGAGGAUCGUCACAUGGAACAGGCCAAUUGAUUCCAACUGUUGGCGCAGGGGCAGCUUGGUUCAUGUUAACGACAUCCGUGUUGUCAACAGCCCAAGCCAUUAUUCUGGCCUCCUUUCCGAUGGUGUGGACACCAAUAAUGCUCUAGAAGAGAACCUUCAAUCAGCUGGCUUCCCAACGCUGAGCAUGGAUGAUAGCGACGCUGUCUACCUCUUGUCCAAAGUGGAUCCGAAAAAUGCUUUGUUGCUCACCCUUGACAUGAGGAAGAAGACUCUGGAAGGUUUGACGCCAUUUUCUGCUGAAAGAUGCAUGUAUGGCAAACCAGACUACGUUACAUGUACCCUAUCGAAGUAUCUGAAUACAAAUUCAGGUGAUGUAUAGUUAUGCAUGCAGGUGCACGUUAGUCCGCAAUAGAUAUGGCCGUAGCUCCUAAUCAUGAUAUGGCAAAUAAGAGCAGCUUCCACAAUGCGUUCCGUGAUGAUGUAAACAAUGGUGGCUGUUCUGAGAAGAUUUGUAGUGCUAUAACUAGUUUGGGUGCUACCCGUACAAUGAUACUCCCCCGCUCUCUAAAUA